AUGGCAUUGGAAAAGCUUCCAUGGUCCAUCUUCUUUUACUCUGUUUAUGUCAUGUUUGUGCUGAACUUGUCGAUCGCAUCUGAUACCUUAAGUCCAGGGCAGUUUAUUAAAGAUGGGGAGAAAUUGGUCUCUUCGAGCCAAAGCUUUGAGCUUGGCUUCUUCUCUCCAGAAAACUCCAAGUAUAGGUACUUGGGGAUAUGGUACAAUUUUAGUCCUGAAAAAGUCGUUUGGGUCGCCAACAGAAACAACCCGCUCACUGAUUCAAAUGGUGUUCUCACGUUUAGCGAUGAGAGGAAUCUGGUUGUUCUCAACCAAUCAAAGAGUAUCAUCUGGUCUUCAAAUUCAUCCAGGGUUUUAAGAAACCCAGUUGCACAGUUGUUGGAUUCUUGUAACCUCGUCGUUUCAGAGAAUACCAGCUCACACUCUGGUGAAUGCUCAUGGCAGAGCUUUGACUAUCCAACUGACACCCUUUUAGCUGGUAUGCGAAUGGGAUGGAACCUCAAAACUGGUUUCGAAUGGCAUCUGACUUCUUGGAAAAGCACGGAUGAUCCUUCAUCUGGAGACUGUACCUACGGAAUAAAUGUUAAUGGGUUGCCCCAAUUUGAAGUGCUCAAAAGAGGCUCCACAAAAACAUUUCGAACAGGGCCAUGGAAUGGAGUCAGUUUCCCGGGAACUCCAGUGAUUCAGAUUACCUUUUACAGGCCGAUGUUUGUCUACAAUGAAACAGAUAUAUAUUUUGAAUUUCAAUCUUCAAGGGAUGAUAUCAUCACCAUAUUCGCAUUGAAUCAGUCUGCAAUAACAAAGACCUAG